GCAUGCGCUCUAGAAGUCUAGCGCCUUUUCCCGUUUUCUUUCUUUCAUCGCUAACAGGAUUUAAGGGAGUACACGUGAACGCAGCACGCGUAGGAGCUGACAGGAAGUGAAAGCUCUGUUGUUGGACAGACGCUUUCUCCCAGCUGACGAUUUCCUCUCCCCAAACCCUCACCCCUCCACCUGAGCGCCAGUCUCCAUCAUGGACAACCUAGAGGAGGACCUGACUUGCUCCGUGUGCUACUCUCUGUUCUCCGACCCACGAGUCCUGCCCUGUUCACACACUUUCUGCAAGACCUGCCUGGACAACCUCCUCCAGGUGUCGACUAACUACUCCAUCUGGCGUCCGCUCCGCCUGCCGCUAAAAUGCCCCCACUGUCGCAGUGUGGUGGAACUGCCCCCCGCGGGUGUAGAUGCUCUGCCCACCAACGUGUCUCUGCGGGCUAUUGUCGAGAAAUAUCAGAUGGACAGUGAGCCGCGACCACCUUCCUGUCCGGAGCACCACAGGCAGCCUCUGAACAUGUACUGUAUCCAGGACCGGCAGCUAAUCUGCGGGCUGUGCCUGACGGUGGGGCAGCACCACGGCCAUCCCAUAGACGACCUGCAGGCAGCUUUUAUCCGAGAAAAACGGACGCCGUCACAGCUUCUGAAAAGGCUCUCCGAGGAGAGAUGGGCACAGGUGUGUGAGCUGGGGGAACAGCUGGAGCAGGAGAAGGCCUGCUGUGAGGGUGUAGUGAGGCAGGACCGACAGGAAGUCAACCAGUUUUUUCAAACGCUGGAGGUGGUGCUGGCCAGGAAGAGGCAAGCCUGCCUGGACGCUCUAGAUAAAGCUGGAGCUGAGGUGUCGCGGGCGUAUGACCCUCUCAUCCACCAAGUAAAGGAGCUACAGGAAGAACAGCUGGAUCUGGUGUCCUUGGGUUCGUCAGUAGAGGAUGAAGACUCACCCCUGGUCUUCUUGGAGAAGGUGCAUUUGUUCAGAGAGCGGGUGGAGGAGUUCAUUAAAACCCCUCUGCCCUCUGUGAUGACCCUGUCCGUCACUCCGCGGGCAGCAGAGUACCUCCAGCAGCACUGGCCUGUCGUGACCAUCGGGAGCUUGGAGGAGGCACCUGUUCCUAAGGUGCGCUGUUGUGCCAGAUGUGGCGGUGUUGGGAGUGAAGCUGGAGGGGGUCGCUCCAGCAGAGGGGUUCAGGAUGUGUGGGGUGAGCUACAACCUACUACGUCGGUGGUGCUGCUGGGGCUGCUGCUGCUGUUGGUGGUGCUGUGGGUGAACCCGGUCGGAGGGGCGUCACUCGGCUUCUCCCUCAUGUCUCGGCUCAGCCACUUGGUCCACAGCCUGAGCAGCGAACUCAUCACCUGCGUGUGGGACACAGUGGGGAGGGCAUAUACCGCGGCGGGGGUGGCUGUAGAUAGAUGGAGCUCACAGCUCUCUGCGGUGGGUGUUAGGGUGUUUGAGCACCUGGCUGCCUUAUUUAAAACUCUGACGUCUCGAUAAGAACGGCCAAGCAGGUUCAGAAAACCUUUAAAUGUGUUUAGAUUUUUUUUUUAAGUCUCACUUCCCUGUUAGUGUAGAGACGGAAAGAAUCCACCCUAAAACAGUUUGUAAACAGCUGCUACUCGCGAUUUUACGUUCCUGUUUUGUUUAACAAAACGAAAGCCACAAUGGUGAAUGAGAUUUUGCUGACGUCUGCACAGCGAGGGUUUGGGACAGUGACCUUUUUCACGAACAGGAAAACUUGAGGUCAUUCUAAACAAUAACAAAAAGUCAACCAAUAGAUGCAAAACAUUAAUAAAAGAUUCAUUAGAAAUGCCUUAACAAGUAUACCUUUAGUCACACUCAAAAGGUUACAUGUAUGUAUGUUUUCUCUAAUGUGAUUGCUUGUUCUGCACAAACAUUUCAAAGCUUCCUGUAACCUUCUGUAGGUGCACUUUGUGUAGCUUUAUAUCCUUUUUCCUCUAUUAUUGUGUUAUUGAUUUUGCUCUUCUUUGGACGCAUGUUACUCUAAUGUUCAGAACAUCAAACACUAAUCCAUCUUGAACAGUUCGGUCAUUCUCUGUCCAGUCUUGCUAUGGAACAUUUCAGUAGCUUUCUUGCCGUUUCUAUACUUGGGACACGAGCGCAGCCGGCUACACGUAGAAGCCCUCACACGGAGCGAUUUACGGUGACUGGAGCAGUAUGUAAAAUUUAGAGCCUGGUGAGUGGAAGCAGACACACGUUGGACCUGAGUUAAAGCCACCACAGAUCAUGUUGCAGUGAUGCCGAGCGCCUCCCUGACUGUGCCUUUAGCCAUUAUGCCUUCAGCUCGCCUCGCUUAAUAGCUUUACAGUAAUUCCACCAGGACCAAUACAUCGUUCCCAGGACAGAGCUUACCUUAAAAAACAAAAGAGCCCCUAAAAUGCUGCCCUGAUUUACAGUCAACUUUUAAAACUUGUUACUUUAUUUUACUCAGUUCAGCUCUUUACUGAGUAUCCAGCAGAUAUCUGUGCAGUGAUGUAGACUCUGCACAGGCAUGAUACAAACCAGGAUUUUAUAUGCUGCUGAAAUCAGACUGAACUAAUGUAGUCACACCUGUUGUAGUGUUUGUACUUUUAUAAACUUCAGCUCAUGUAUUGAAAAUAAACUUAUAAAUAAAUUUAAA